AUGCAAACUGUACAAGGUUCAGAGACCUUCGAAUAUCAACAACCGAAUACACCAAUUACGACAACAAGUAUGGAAUCUGAGGAAUCUGAUACUAGCCCGCUAAAACUAAAAAAUGGUGCAAAAGAGUGCAGUACUUCCAACGCAUACAUGGAAAGGCCAAAAAAACAACAAAACGUACAACAGGCAAUGCUUCGGGAGAAGUUGAUACAUGCUUUCCGGUUGAAUAGAAAAAAACAGCUGACACUUGAAAGAAUAAAUAAAUACAAUGUUAAGUUAAUGGAAGAGCUUAAAACGCCCAGAGUUAAAGCGUCAAACUGUGCAUUGAUGGUAAUCAACUAUACAGAGCAAACCCAUGAUCCCUUAAUACCACAAGUCUGGGGCUAUCCCAAAAAGAACAAGUUCAAAAGCCUAACUUAUAACGGAGACGACAACAAACAGAGGGGAAGACCAGCUCAGUCAGAAGGUCUUGAUGAGACGGCCACCAACGGAUGCUGUGUGAUUAUGUAA